AUGGUGAAACCACCCAAAUCCAUACCCCACAAGGACCACUACCAAAGGAUAUCUUUUCUUUACCAAAGUUCUAGUUUAUUCGCCAACCUGGAGAAAUACCAAGUACUCUCCAGAGCUCUAGCCAGGAACGUUGAUUUAGUGUCUAAGAAGACGGUGCUCAAGCUCACACCUGCCAUGAAAAGGACAAUUUGUAAGAAGUGCCAUACGAACUUGAUCCCAGGGAUCAACAUGAAGAUAAGGAUAGAAAAUUUGUCGAAGAAACAGCUGGAAAAGAGCCAGGUCUUGGUGCAUCAGUGCAACAACUGUCUUGAGCUGAAGAGGUUCCCGAUUGGGAAGAAUAAAGAUUAUAAGUUAUUCAGUGAGAGGGAAGAUAUAGCAAUAGAUGUAGAUUAA